UCCUCCUUUUACCUUAGUUGGCAGCUGCUUUAGCAAACUGCUUUUUCUGCGCCCAGACCUAGAGAUUCCUGAGUCUCUGUUCUCCAUCCCUCCACACUUGGCAAGCUGCAUGAAGGAUGCCAGUACCUUACUCACGGUGCACUACUUGGGAUCUUUCUCUGGGUCUCGACCUUAAGCUAUAACCUGGAUACCAGCCACCCCCAGAGCUUUUCCUUUCAAGAUGCAGGGAGCCAUUUUGGGUAUCAGGUCUUGCAGGUUGGAAAUGGGGUUGUUGUGGGAGCUCCUGGUGAGGGGAACAGUACCGGGAACCUCUAUCAGUGCCAGCCAUCCACAGGACACUGCCAGCCAAUGGAUCUGAAAGAUGCCAAUCUCACUUCCAAGUAUCUGGGCAUGACGUUGGCAAUGGAUCCCACAGAUGAGCGCUUCAUGGCUUGUGACCCUGGGCUGGCCAGGGAAUGUGAUCAAAACUUCUAUCUGAGUGGCCUUUGCUAUAUCUUCCCCCCAAAUCUGGGUGGGCCUGCACUUCUUGUACGUCCUGGUUAUCAGGAGUGUUUAAAAGCAAACGUAGAUUUGGUGUUCUUGUUCGAUGGAUCCUACAGCAUAACUAACAAUGAUUUCAAGAAAAUCCUGGAAUUCAUGGAAGAUGUGAUGAGAAAACUGAGCAAUUCUUCAUUCCAUUUUGCAGCUGUCCAAUUCUCCAGCUCCUCCAAGACCGAAUUCUACUUCUCAGACUAUAUCAAGACCAAAAACCCUGAUACUCUGCUAGCUAAGGUUGUACACAUGCAAGAACUUACCAACACCUUUGGGGGCAUCAAUCACGUUGUAAAAGAUGUGUUUAAUGUGAGUCGGGGUGCCCGCCCUGAGGCUGUGCGAGUUAUGAUCAUCAUCACAGAUGGGGAUGCUACUGAUAGCGGAAACAUUGAGGAGGCCAAACACAUCAUCCGCUAUGUGAUUGGGAUUGGGGGUGGAAUUCAAGCACCUAAGAGACUUAAUGACUUUGCCUCAACUCCCAAUGAAGAUUUUGUGAAGAUUCUGGAUACUUAUGACAAGCUCAAGGGACUGUUUGAUGACCUGGAGAAGAAGAUCUUUGACGUUGAAGGCACUAGUAAACAUCAAAAUAAGAGUGAUUUCAAGAUGGAGCUGUCUUCCAGUGGGAUCAGUGCUGACCUCACCAAGGGCCGCACUGUGGUGGGAGCUGCUGGGGCUCUGGAUUGGUCUGGGGGGUUUAUUGACCUGGAGCAGGAUCUGAAGGAUGAAACAUUUGUGGGUAACCAACCCAUGAACCAGGAGGCAGAGAACGGGUACUUAGGCUAUACAGUAACCUGGUUACUCUCCAAGGGAAAUAGGAAACUAUUGGCAGCUGGUGCUCCUCGAUAUCAGCAUAUAGGUCGGGUAUUACUCUUCCAAGAACCAGUGAGCAAGGGAAGAAACUGGAUCCAAGUUCAGAAGUUUGAAGGGACCCAGGUUGGUUCUUAUUUUGGUGGGGAGUUGUGUGGGAUCGAUGUGGACCAAAAUGGGGAGAUGGAGCUGCUAUUGGUCGGAGCUCCCUUGUUCUAUGGAGAUCGGAGAGGAGGCCGUGUUUUUGUCUACCAUAGGAAAGAGCUGACAUUCCAGAUGAUGAUGGAGCUCCAAGGGGAAAUUGGAUAUCCCCUGGGUCGUUUUGGAGCAGCCAUCUCUGCCCUGACUGACAUUAAUGGGGAUGAUUUAACAGACGUGGCUGUGGGAGCCCCACUGGAGAAUAAGGGAGCCAUCUACAUCUAUAAUGGGAAGCCUGAUGGACUUAGUUCCCAGCCUAGCCAACGCAUAGAGGGUGACCAGCUGUCCCCAGGACUCCAGUACUUUGGGCAAUCCAUCCAUGGUAUCAUGGAUCUUGGAGGAGAUGGACUGGUUGAUGUUCUCAUAGGAAGUCGGGGCCAAGUGAUUAUGCUGAGCUCUCGUCCAGUCUUGGACAUCAUCUCUUCAUUAGACUUCUCCCCAGUGGAAAUCCCAGUGCAAGAAGUGGAAUGUUCCUACCAGGCCAGUGCAAAGAGGGCUGGGGUCAACAUCACUGUCUGCUUUUGGGCCAAAAACCUCACACCCAAAUUCCUAGGGUCUCUAGUGGCUAAUCUCACAUAUACCCUACAACUGGAUGGACACCGGAUCAGAAGUCGGGGCUAUUUCCUUGGAGGGAAACAGGAGACUGGAGGAAACAUGACUGUCACCCCAAAGAAGUCCUGCACCCAACAUUGGUUUAAUUUUCCUGUAUGCAUUGAGGACUACAUCUCCCCCAUCAAUGUCUCCCUGAGCUAUUCUCUUUUUGAGGGUGAACACAAUGAAAUACAGCCUACAAUGAGGCCGGUCCCACAUUCAGAAACCAAGGAGAUUCCUUUUGAGAAGAACUGUGGAGAAGACAAGAAGUGUGAGGCCAAUCUGAAGUUGAACUUUCAUCGCAAAAGAUCUGCUAAAUUGUACCUGGCACCUUCAUCCAGCCUCUCUGUUGUUUUGGAGCUGAGUAAUGAUGGGGAAGAUGCCUACCGAGUACAUCUAGGCUUGAUCCUACCCCAGGGCCUCUCCUUCAGAAAAGUGUCCAUGCUCCAGAGUCAGGUCCCUGUGAGCUGUGAGGAAGGAAGCCAUGAGGCCGAGCACUCUGUCUGGACUCUGUCUUGCAACGUGAGCUCUCCCAUCUUGAAAGGAGGCAGUACGGUAUUCAUCCAGAUGAUGUUUGACACCCUGUUGAACAACUCCUGGGGUGACUUCCUGGAGAUGAAAGCAAAUGUGAGCAGUGACAAUGAGGACUCCGUAUUACUGACAGACAAUUUGGCCACCGAGAAGAUCCUUGUCCUGUUUCCCAUCAACGUGAUGAUCGAAGACAAGGGAAACUCCACUCUGUACCUCAAUUUCACAAGCAAAGGUCCCAAGAUCCGCAUGGUGCAGCAUAUUUAUGAGGUGAAAACUUGGUUCUUUGUUGAUGCCCCACCUACUCUGGAGGUCCUUGUCUUUGUGCCAAAAAGCCAGAUGAAGGAAUACUCUACAAGGAACUGGACUGUCCAAAUGGUACCACCAGGACCCUGUUAUCCUGAGGAUCCGGAUAAGUUGUUCAACCGCACUCAGGUCCAUGCCCCAGGGCUUAUCUUCCUCUGUGAAGUUGAUUUUGGGAGACAGACAUUGAUCCAAGUGAGCGGGAUGGUGGAGCUCACAGAAGAGAUCCAGGCCUCUUCCAUGUCCAGCCUAUGCAGCAAUAUCUCUGUGAACUUCAACUUCAGCAAAUAUUACCACCUCUAUGGCGAGGAGUCUGCCCAAUCCCAGGUUUUGACAAAGGUGGACAUUGUUUAUGAGAAGAAUUCUCUCUACAUUUAUGUGCUUAGUGGAAUUGGUGGCUUGCUCCUCUUGCUGCUGAUUUUUCUGGUUCUCUACAAGAUUGGCUUCUUCAAAAGGGGCCUUAAAGAGAAGAUGGAAGCUAAUGGUGCAGUCCAGGAUGGAAUCACAGAUGAGGCCUCCAGUCCCUCUGCUGCUGCUGCUGACCCAAGCUGUACAGAGCUCCUUUCCCCAGAGGAAGGAGGAGGAGGAGGAGAAGGAUGUGCAGACUGAAACCUGAGCUGUCAGGGAAUACCCUAGGGAUCCUGAGUCCUGAUCCUGGGGCCCCAAAGUCAGAAAAAGUCCAAGGGUAGUAAUUAGGAAUCCUGAGAUCUAGUAUUAGCAUGACCAUCACCUUGUCAUAGGGCCUUGUAUGUCUCGCCUAUUUUUGCUGAUUUUAUGUGUCUGUCCCUUUAAAUUUUCAAAUUUUUUUUUCUUCUACCUGCUUCUAAUCUAUACUUUUCCUUUCUCAAACUUGAGCAGGCAAACAGGGAGAUAUGAGGAAAAGUUUUUGAGACAAUUUUAGGCUUAGUUUAUAAUAAGACCCUGUUAGGGUUUCCUAUGUCUGUUUUUCAUUUAGUAAGGUAAAUUUUGAAUUACAUUAUGGGGAUUAAACAUACCAAAUCCUCCUAUAUUGCUCAGGAGUCUCCUUUAGGAAAGCUCCUCAUGGAUUGGGAUGAGGAUAAACUGAAAGUGAAGCCAGGAAUGAAAACUAUUUCAGGUGGCAUAAGAAUUAUUCUAACUUUAAAAAAAAAUUAUUCUAACUUAUAACCAUUGUGGCCAGAGUACAGAUCAUUUGAUUUCCAAACAUUGAGAGAUUUGCAAAUAAUCCUACACCACAUAUCCCCCAAAGAUUUAAUUUAUUGGGAACUCUGGUUUGGAUUGAGCCAGGAGAGCACGUGGGGGGAGACGCCAGUUUCUUGUGCCUUCUCCCCCACUCCUGCCUUGCCAUGUGGGCACUCGCCUCUGAAAACUGCCUCACCUGCUCCUUUUACAAACUCCUCUGUUCUCAGGCUUCUCAAAGUGACUUUUCUUUUCCCUCACAUUCUCAGAUUCUCACUCUAGCCAUCCUACUUUAUGCAGAGUUGUUUUCCCACCUGCAGCUCCCAGCCUAUGCCUUUCUUUUGCAUGCCUGGAGGCAAUAACCUAGCCUCUUCCAGAAGCCUCUGCCCCCCUGGCUCAGACCACUGUGACUGCGGGAGACAAGGGAGCCCAGGCCUAGCCUGCUUCUCAGGCUAGAACACUUCUCCCAGGUCCCCCUGUGGUCCCCGCCCACCAGCUAAGCUGCCAUGUUUAAACUCCAGAGCUGCAUACAAGGAAGCAGUGGCCCCACCCACUCCAGUGUCUCUCCAGGUGGCUGAGACCCCACAUCCCCUGACCCCACCUCCUGCUCCUCCCACCAUGGGGGUAAUGAAGUUACAUCUUCUCAAUUUAUUCUCCAUAGGGGGAUUUACAGUAAUAUUAAGUUUCUUAAAAUGUGCUUUAAUUUUUGUUUUUAUUAUAUCUGUUUCAUAUGUAACAACUGGACAAUGCAUAAUUGUAAAAUCUCUAAAAGGUUCUGAAUUUGCUUAGACAUAUUUUUUUAGAACUCUCAUUGUUUGAUAUGGUUAUUGACAAACUUGUUUGAAGUUGUGUUAAGAUUAAUUUUGUGGGGCAGCUAGGUGGCACAGUAGAUAGAGCACCAGCUCUGGAUUCAGGAGGACCUGAGUUCAAAUCCGGCCUCAGACAAUUAACACUUAUUAGCUGUGUGACCCUGGGCAAGUCACUUAACCCCAAUUGCCUCACCAAAAAAAAAAAAAAAAAGACUAAUUUUGUAGUCGACUUUCCAGUUAAGCUUAGCAUCAGCAUCUGAAGACACCUGAGAGACUUCUCUGCAACCACACCUGAGACCAUGCCCAGAAUCCAGAGCUGCAUCCAGAUGACACCCCAAGAAUCAUCUGAGAUAAGACUUCCAAAGACUUAAAUGGACAUUUUCCUUUUUGUUUUCCUUUUCCUAUUGCAUACACUGUUUGUAAUAUCUACCUCCUAAAGGGGACUGCCCCCUUUAGUUUUUGUCAAUGCAUAGCUCAAAUGUCUUUUCUCUCCCUUUUAUUCCCCCUCACAUUGUUAAUCAUCAUGGGUCUCAUGGUUGAGAGCCCUUUGUAAAGUAUUUUAAUAUUAUUGCUUCAUUUAAGGAAGCCAUGUUUCUUAACCAAGCACAGGGGAGUUUGUGAGAAAAUAAUGGGGUUUUUGGGGGCCCCCACUCGAAGGAGUCUUGCCUGACCAGAAAAAAGAACUGUGGGUUCUGAUUGAACCAUACUGUUUCUACUUUUUAAUUGUUUUUCUUUUUUGAGGUUUUCCCUUAUUUUCUGAUUCUUCUUUUACAACAUGACUAAUGCAAAAA